UCGGGGAUUGGCUGCCCUGGCAGACGGACGUGCGGCCGACGGAGCUGGUUGGCCCAGGGCUCCGGGGAGUGGAGGGCGGGUCCUUCUCCUGGGUCCCCUAUCUGUCAUUGGCUCCCUGCGGUUUCCUUGGGGACGUGGCGCCGCCACCGACCCGGGCCUUCUUCCGGCUGGGCUGAAAGCCGCAGGGAGAAGCUACCCCCGGAGCAGAGAGGUGCUGCGGGAGCCGGCAGGCUGCUCUACCUGACUGCCAUCUCCAGAGUUAGGAGAUGCCUGGGACAAGGAGACCACCUGCUCAGGGCAAAAGGAAAAGGAGGUGACACCACUGAAGGGAACCCAUGGCUAGGAUCAGUUUUUCCUACCUCUGUCCAGCCUCCUGGUACUUUACUGUGCCCACAGUGAGUCCAUUUCUCCGCCAACGAGUAGCCUUCCUAGGACUCUUCUUCAUUUCUUGCCUCUUUUUACUUAUAUUAAUCAUGGACUUUCGACAUUGGGGUGCUUCAUUACCACGAGACAAGCAAUACGAAAGGUAUUUGGCUCGUGUAGGGGAGCUUGAAGCCACUAACACUGAUGACCCAAAUCUAAGUUAUGGACUUGUUGUGGACUGUGGCAGCAGUGGCUCCCGGAUCUUUGUUUAUUUCUGGCCAAAACAUAAUGGGAACCCCCAUGACCUGCUGGACAUCAAGCAAAUGAGAGACCGCAACAGCCAACCAGUGGUUAAAAAAAUCAAGCCAGGAAUCUCUGCAAUGGCAGAUACUCCAGAACACGCCAGCGAUUACCUUCGUCCUCUGCUGAGCUUUGCUGCUGCUCAUGUACCUGUGCAGAAGCACAAGGAAACCCCUCUCUACAUCUUAUGUACAGCGGGCAUGAGGCUUCUCCCUGAGAGGAAGCAGUUGGCUAUCUUGACUGAUCUAGUGAAAGACUUACCACUGGAAUUUGACUUCCUCUUUUCACAGUCUCAGGCAGAAGUGAUCUCUGGGAAGCAGGAAGGAGUUUAUGCAUGGAUUGGAAUCAAUUUUGUUUUGGGAAGAUUCGACCAUGAAGAUGAACCCGAUGCUGAAGCUCCCCAGGAAUUGGCAUCUGGACGCAGAAGGACUGUUGGGAUACUGGAUAUGGGAGGUGCCUCUCUCCAAAUUGCUUAUGAAGUUCCUACCUCAACCACUGUCCUUCCUCCAAAGCAGGAAGAAGCUGCAAAGAUCUUGCUGGCUGAAUUCAACCUAGGCUGUGAUGUGCAACACACUGAACAUGUGUAUAGGGUUUAUGUCACAACUUUCCUGGGGUUUGGGGGCAACUAUGCCCGGCAGCGCUAUGAAGACCUUGUCCUGAAUGGAACUCUUAGUAAAAACAGGUUGCUGGGCCAGAAGACAGGCCUGACUCCUGACAAUCCAUAUCUGGAUCCCUGCCUGCCUGUUGGCCUCACAGAUGUGCUGCAGAGAAGCAGCCAAGUCCUGCACGUUCGAGGGAAAGGAGACUGGGCAGCUUGUGGGGCAAUGCUGAACCCCUUGCUGGCUCGCUCCAACACCAGCCAGGCCUCACUGAAUGGCAUCUACCAGUCACCAAUUGACUUCAACAACAGUGAAUUCUACGGUUUCUCUGAGUUUUUUUACUGUACAGAGGAUGUGUUGCGCAUUGGUGGCCGCUACCAUGGGCCAACAUUUGCCAAGGCUGCUCAGGAUUACUGUGGCAUGAAUUGGUCUGUACUAACUCAGAGAUUUAAAAAUGGCCUCUUUUCGUCACACGCAGAUGAGCAUCGACUCAAAUAUCAGUGUUUUAAAUCAGCCUGGAUGUACCAAGUUCUUCAUGAAGGAUUCCACUUUCCCUAUGACUACCCAAACCUGCAGACGGCCCAGCUGGUUUAUGACCGAGAGGUUCAAUGGACACUUGGAGCCAUUCUGUACAAAACUCGAUUCUUGCCACUCAGGGAUCUACGGCAGGAAGGUGUCCGACAAGCCCAUGGUAGCUGGUUCCGUCUCUCUUUUGUCUACAACCAUUAUCUCUUCUUCGCCUGUAUCCUGGUGGUGCUACUGGCUAUCAUCUUGUACCUUCUGCGGUUACGCCGAAUUCACCAUCGACACACUGGAGCCUCAGCUCCAUUGGACUUGCUGUGGAUCGAAGAGGUGGUGCCCAUGAUUGGGGUACAAGUAGGGCCAUGAGGCUAGACAUGGGUGAAGGAUGCUAGAGUAUCCCCGAGCUGCUGCUCAUUGAGUUCCACUACUUUCUUGUAUUGGCUCAGAUGCUGCUUUGCCUGACCUUGUGGAUAUUUGGCCUUGGAAUUUUGACUUUAGUAUCUACUUUGAUUUUUCUCUCAAUUUCCAGGUUUUCUUCUCUGGAAAAACUGUCAGAUAAUCUAUACAAAACUAAAUAAUGAGAGAUUGGUGCUAACAAAGAGGCCCAACCUUUGUCCAUCUGAAGCAUGUUUCUUUUCCCUUAUCUGAAGGGUUUGGUGUGUUCCAGAAAUUUGACUUUUCUCCCCUUGCUAAAGUAUGAAGUUUAACAUUGGAGUCACAAGAAGACUGGCUGAAACCAAGCUUGGAGCAUCUGAAACAAAGCCGAAGACAUUCUUGCAAGAGCAGCAGUCCCUUCUUUCUCUGUAACAGAGAUGUCAUUUAUGUGGAGAUCCACAGCCUUUAAUAGGGACCCAAGGUCUUUGAAGUUCAGUGGGACAGAUAUGAAUUUCCAGGCAACCAAAGUAACAGCUUCUUUGCUUUCUUGACAAAGAAGCUAUCAUGAGUAUGGUCCAGGAUCCCUAAUAUAGAGUUGCCAGUGUUAGUACAUGAUUUUAAAAGGUGAGAACCUCAGCUAAAUGAAUGGUCCAUUGCAGAUUUUGACAGUGUCUUAUCUGAUGCCUGGUAUAACCAAAUUAGAUUUUUUUUUCCCAUGUCUAUGUACCUCACAGGCUGUUUGGGCAUUAUUUUUUUUUUUUCUCUUUGAGCCUUAAGUGUGUUUGUCCAUUAUACAGGAAUUCUCAAGAAGAAUUCCUUAAUUUUACUGCUAAAGUCAGCAUGUGAUUUGGGAAGGAUAUAUUUGAGUUGUUUCUAAAGAAGAGAAGAAUGUUAUCAGGACAGUUGACAAGGCAUAAUAAAACCCAAAUUUUUACUAAUUUAUUAAUUAAUGUCUUUCUGAGAAAUAGAAAUGUUCUCAAUUUGACUCUUGAACUGUCUGAUAAGAAGCAUAUUCACAAUUUUGGAGUAAACUGAAAAUUCUAUUAAUAAGCCACUUGAAAAUUUUCAGAACCUUUGUUGAAAGACUGUUCAGUCACAGACAGCUUAUCUAGUAAUGAGAAGUGAGAAAAAGCCAUAAGAAUUAUAUUUUCAUUCACUACCCUUCAGGAGCUCUGUUGCUUCUUAACAUUUAACCUUCAGUUUGCACAAGGAUUUCAUUUCAUUUUCAUGAACUUAUUCUUCCAUGGAUUUUUUUUUUUUUUUUUUUUUUUUAACUAGAGCACUGUUCAGCUCUGGCUUAUGGUAGUGCAGAGGACUGAACCUGGGACUUUGGAGCCUCAGGCACAGGAAUCUCUUUUCUCUUUGCAUAACCAUUAUGCUGUCUACCCCGCCCCUAUCGAGUUUUUAUACUUGUUUUGCCCAAGAAUAUGUUCCUAGAGUUGAGGGUUGAAUUAAUCGUUCUUUCUUUUUUUAAUUAUUAUUGUGGUCCAGGAGGUGGCGCU